AUGCGGGGAAAGCAGCAGGCAAGGCCGAUAAACAGACAGGAGAAACAGGCAGACCGACAGGCAGGCCGACAGACAGGCAAGAGAAAUAGACAGGAGAAACAGGCAGGCCGACAGACAGGCAAGAGAAACAGACAGGAGAAACAGGCAGGCCGACAGACAGGCAAGAGAAACAGGAGAAACAGGCAGGCCGACAGACAGGCAAGAGAAACAGACAGGAGAAACAGGCAGGCCGACAGACAGGCAAGAGAAACAGACAGGAGAAACAGGCAGGCCGACAGACAGGCAAGAGAAACAGACAGGAGAAACAGGCAGGCCGACAGACAGGCAAGAGAAACAGACAGGAGAAACAGGCAGGCCGACAGACAGGCAAGAGAAACAGACAGAGAAACAGGCAGGCCGACAGACAGGCAAGAGAAACAGACAGGAGAAACAGGCAGGCCGACAGACAGGCAAGAGAAACAGACAGGAGAAACAGGCAGGCCGACAGACAGGCAAGAGAAACAGACAGGAGAAACAGGCAGGCCGACAGACAGGCAAGAGAAACAGACAGGAGAAACAGGCAGGCCGACAGACAGGCAAGAGAAACAGACAGGAGAAACAGGCAGGCCGACAGACAGGCAUGAGAAACAGACAGGAGAAACAGGCAGGCCGACAGACAGGCAAGAGAAACAGACAGGAGAAACAGGCAGGCCGACAGACAGGCAAGAGAAACAGACAGGAGAAACAGGCAGGCCGACAGACAGGCAAGAGAAACAGAUAGGAGAAACAGGCAGGCCGACAGACAGGCAAGAGAAACAGACAGGCAAGAGAAACAGACAGGAGAAACAGGCCGGCCGACAGACAGGCAAGAGAAACAGACAGGAGAAACAGGCCGGCCGACUGACAGGCAAGAGAAACAGACAGGAGAAACAGGCAGGCCGACAGACAGGCAAGAGAAACAGACAGGAGAAACAGGCAGGCCGACAGACAAGCAAGAGAAACAGACAGGAGAAACAGGCAGGCCGACAGACAAGCAAGAGAAACAGACAGGAGAAACAGGCAGGCCGACAGACAGGCAAGAGAAACAGACAGGAGAAACAGGCAGGCCGACAGACAGGCAAGAGAAACAGACAGGAGAAACAGGCAGGCCGACAGACAGGCAAGAGAAACAGACAGGAGAAACAGGCAGGCCGACAGACAGGCAAGAGAAACUGA